GGGUCUGCGUCCGGGAAAGGCGCAGUGCGCGCCGCGGGAAACCGUGUGGCCUGAGGUGAGCAAAUUGGCUGCUUUGAUGGCAGAGUCCGAGGAAGUGGCAGAUUGGGUCCAACUGCCUCCCAGAGUUUGCAGGGACCAAGGAUGGGCCUGCCUCCCAAGAUCCAGAUGUGAGCCAGCAGGAAGACAGAGUCAGAUCCUGCCUAAGAGAGCCAACUGCACAGGAGCCGCGUCGGAGGAGCCCAAAGGUGCAGAAGCGCCAUGGACGGGAAGGCUGCGGGGGCUUCCUCGGACUUCCACUUCUAUCCCAUGGAUCUGUAUGACCCCGAGGACCGGCUGCACCCCUUCCCAGAAGGGGCCACGCGGACAGGAAGGGAAGUCUACGCCGAGAUGGCCGAGGGGGCCGGCGAGCCUGGCGGCGCGGCCCUGGGAAAGGCCCCAAGAGCCCUGGAGGAGGAGGUGGACGAGCUGGUGCAUCUGUACGCCCUCGGGGGUGCAGGCGAGUGGGGCUCCGAGCUGGCAGACGGGAGCGCGCCCUGCACGGAGGUUCCGGAGCAGCUGCCGCUCGGGGCGCAGAGGGACUGGCGACGGGGGCCUGAGGCCGGGGAGCGCGGCUGCACGGGCUGGGGCACCGCCGGCCCGGGCCGGGACCUGCCAGAGGCCUACAGGUACGUGCACGGCCGGGCCAGCGAGGAGUAUGAGUGCUACGUCAUCCCCGAGGAGGAGGACGAGGACGAGGCCACCCUGGUCUUCUGCGUCACCUGCAAGGCUCCGGUAAGGGCACUGGAGGUUUCGGACGAGCACCGGGAACACGAGGUGACGGCCCUUGACAAGGCCCUGGAGAGUGCCAAGGAUGAAAUUCACAAAAACAUGUUCAAACUGGAAAAGCAGAUUCUUGAGAUGGAGAAUUUUGCAAAUCAUUUGGAGGAGGUUUUCAUCACAGUGGAGGAGAACUUCGGGAGACAAGAACAAAACUUUGAGUCACAUUACAAUGAGAUCUUGGAAACACUCGCUCAAAAAUAUGAAGAAAAAAUACAAGCUCUGGGGGAGAAAAAGAAAGCCAAGUUGGAAGCCUUGUAUGGACAGCUGGUCAGCUGUGGGGAAAACCUCGACACCUGUAAGGAGCUCAUGGAAACCAUUGAGGAGAUGUGCCAUGAGGAGAAGGUUGACUUCAUCAAGGACGCUGUGGCCAUGGCUGACAGACUUGGGAAAUUCCUGAAUACAGACACAGACGUGGAGAUCGCUACACAGCCCGACUUUGAAGACCAGACUCUGGACUUCUCCGACGUGGAGCAGCUCAUGUGCUCCCUUCACGCCCUUCCGGCUCCUUCUGCUCCAGUGAUAAACUCACAGGCCCCCAACUCUGCCACGGGGUCCUCUGUCCGAGUGUGCUGGAGCUUAUACUCGGACGACACCGUGGAGAGCUAUCAGCUUUCCUACCGGCCAGUGCGGGACAGCGCGCCCGGGAAGGACCAAGCAGUGUCUACAAUGACUGUCAAGGAAACGUACUGCUCAGUGACAAAUCUUGUGCCAAACACCCAGUAUGAAUUUUGGGUCACAGCUCAGAACAGGGCCGGCUCCAGCCCCACCAGUGAGCGUGCAGUGUACAUGACAGCGCCUUCCCCUCCCAUCAUAAAAAGCAAAGAGAUACAGAGCUGCGAAGAGGCCGCACUCAUCUGCUGGGAGUCUGGAAACCUGAAUCCCGUGGACUCAUACACGGUGGAGCUGACCCAGGUGGAAACACCCGAAGCCUCGGGCGUAACCGAGUCGGUGGUGGGCAUCCCAGCCUGCGAGUCCCUGGUGCAGCUGCAGCGCAGGCAGAGCUACACGAUAUCGGUGCGAGCCCUCAACGUGGGGGGCCCCAGUGCCAGGAGUGACCCCGUGACAGUCCACACCACAGGCAGCCGCUUUCCCCUGAACCAGCACACCUGCCAUCCCUGGCUGACCGUGGCUGACGACGGGUUUACGGUCGUGCGAAGCGAAAGGAAAACCCCCCUGAAGGAGCCGCUGCCUGGCAACACCCAGUUUAGCAGGUGUGUUGCCGUCAUGGGGAAUCUAAUUCCAGUCCGAGGGCGCCACUACUGGGAGGUGGAGGUGGACGAGCGGGCCGACUACACGGUGGGCGUGGCCUUUGACAAUGUUCCUAAAGAGGAGGACCUGGGAGCAAACCGCCUGUCUUGGUGCAUGAGGCACAGAUUUGCAUCAUCGAGGCAUGAGUAUGAGUUCCUGCACAACAAGACGACUCCAGAUAUAAGAAUAACAGUGUCCCCAAGGAAGAUCGGCAUUCUGUUAGACUAUGAAAACUCAAAAUUGUCCUUUUUCAAUGUGGACAUUUCUCAGCACCUUUACACGUUCAGCUGUCAGCUCCACGGAUUCGUGCAUCCCUGUUUUUCUCUGGAAAAGCCUGGCCGUCUGAGGAUACGUAAUGGCAUCGUAAUGCCCACGCACGUCACUUUCUAUUAGACCGUUCUGAUGCCCGGCUUCCUGUCGCUCUUGUGGUCCCUCCCCUCCCAGCCGCUCAGCCCUCAGCCCGUGGGCCUGGGCACUGAAGUACCACGCACCCGGCCCCAGUCCGGCUCCCGCUCUCCUCUAGCAGACGGGUGUGCUGACGCUCGUCUCGGCGGACCUGGGUUCUAGGCCCGUGCUACCGCCCGCCCGUGUGUUGUUCGGUGCGUCCCCACCAGGCCCGGCUGUCACGUGAGCGCUCUGCCAGCGUGAAUCUGAAUCUCCAAGGCCUACAGAGCUCGGGCUGAGGGGCGAGGGAAGGGGAGGGAGGGAUACGACACCCGUGCCGUGUCGCCAGUGGCUGGAACAGACCUGCAAAGACGAGGGGCCGUCCACAAAGAAAAGCAGGGAAGCCACGCGCCUUCCCCUCUCCUGUUUUCCCAGCACUGUCGGCGUUGUGAUGAGGGUCUCCCGCUGCGCACUGUGUGACGCCGUUCCUGUCCUUCACUGAACCCACGCGCUCAGGCUUUGCAGUGCCCUCUGCCACGCCCGAUUCCGUGAAGGCGGGUUGGGGUCUGUCUUGUUCAUCGUCCAGUCCCUGAGGGCUACCCCGUAAUGAACAGGUACCCACUGCCUAUGGGAUGAAUCCGUGUCCUCUCCCUCCAGCCACUGCCCGUGGGCGCGCUGUCCCUGCUCUUCGGCUGAGGGACGGUGGGGCCCCCUCAAAACCAGCACAGGACACGCGGCCGGGAGACACCAUGGAGGGGAGGCGGUAGGAAGGCACAGAAGGGCCCCUGCAGCUUGAUGGCAAGACGGGGGCACGGACCACUCCGUACUACCGCAUAGAUGCACUUUCACUGCAUCGACGACGGGCCGGGGAACGAACGAGGAGCACACAGACAUGAGUGGCAGCUGAUCCUAGGAACGUCCCAUAAAGAGAACCAGGUUUGAAAUCAGAAGACCUACACUGGAUCGCUAGUCUGUAGCUGCUUUGCCUUCAACCCUAGGAAAGUCCCACUAUCUUCAAGCGCUCCUGUUUCCCUUUAAACAGAGAAAAAAUAGUACUUGUUUCAUAGGACAGGAAGAUUUCCCAGCGACCGUGAGAGGGACGACAGUAUAGGGUGCACAGCAAAUGCACGGCAGCUCCUGAAGACACCAGCCCACCGAGACCCAAGAUGAGUGGGUGGUCUCCCCGCCGGCAGCUCUGGGACUUCCGGCCCGGCUGCUCUCGUGCCAUCCUGCCACCACGGGACUCGGUCCCGCUGGCUGCAUGCCCGGUUCUCCAGCCCAGGAGUCUGGCUGUCUCUCAGAGCUCUGCCCACAGCACCUCCCAGCUCGCAGAGCAAAUGACUCCGUCUGUGAGGCAAUUCGCAGAGACCGUUCUGUGUCCUGCCCUGUGGAGGCCUCUCGAAGCAGACAUCACCUCAUCACUUUGGGUUUUCUGUGAACUGGAAAUGCCAUGGCUCUAGAAUCUUCUGUUUUCUAGCGCACUCGAAGUCCGACAGUGAACACCGCUCCUGUCUCCAACUCGGCCUGUGAUGUGAGCAGCAGCUCAGAUUCCUGACUUCACAACCCACCCUGACGAUAUCCCAGCUCCUUAGUCUCACACGCACACACACGCACACACACCUGCCCUGCCACGCUGCAUCGCUGGCCUGAAAUCAGGAAGGUACGGCCCGUGUAAGCACAGACGGUUCAGGUUACAGACACACGCGUGUAUCCAACCCUGUUCUCAGCUCCAGAGACAGAAACUGCAGUAGGAAGUAGGACAUCACAGAUAAGGCAAGUCUGAACUCAGGAUUCUAACAGGCUUUA